CAGCUGCGCUCAUCCGUGCGAUAAAUCGACGUCUGCUGGGCCGUAGGCAGCUCUCACGACACCAGAGUAGCGCUCGAAGCGCAAGCGCAGCACUAGGAGCCGCAUCGCAAGCAACGCUGCCCGAGAGCGCGGGCAGAGCUAGACAGAUACCGAAGCGGCGCGCGGCAAGCGCUGCACGCCGACGACGCGAAAGCAUGGCCGAGACCGCAAACGUCACGCCCGAGCCCACCGAGGACUCUCUGAUGGGCUCGGCCGUGGCCAAGAAGUUCCCCGGCUUCGGCAAGGAGCUCUGGGACGGCGAAAUCGUCGACGGCCCCGAUCCUAAAGGAAGGUGGUGCGUCUACUGGGCGCGCGACGAUUCUACAACGUGGCACUCGCGGUCCAUGCUCGAGAAGAUCCUGACGCGGCGCGGGCCCGCGGCGGACGACGACGCGCCGGCGGCCGCGGAGCCCGCGGCCGCCGCCGCCGCCGCGACGACGGCGAUGCCGCCCUUACCUCCCGCGACGCCGAGCGAGGCCAUGCCUCCGUUACCGCCGCCGACGCCCACCGAAGAGGCAUCGCUACAACAGCCACCGAAGAAGAAGGCGCCCUACAAGUGCUCGACGUGCGGUCCGCGCCCGGCGUCCUCGUAUCGUCGGCGCGACGGCGUGGACGUUGCGCGCCGUCGACGCGACACUGUAACUCACCGGUCGCUCGCGCCGCGCAGGCCAGGCCAAGAAGAGCGACUGCGUCUGCCCCAAGAAACCGGCGCCGCGCGGCAAGAAGAAGAGCAAAUUACCAAAGACGGACGAGCCGCUCGAGGCCAUCGAGUCGCGGUUUCUGGGCGAGGACGAGGACCAGCGCGAGCUCGAGGCCUGCCGCGAGCGCAAGGGCGCGCUCGACGAGGAGGCCGAAAGAUUAAGAAGGGAGCUCGCGGAGACGCGUGCGGCGCAAGCGGCGGCGGCGCCCGCGCCGUCCCCAGAAAAGAAGAAGCCCAAGAAGCGACCGCCGAAGAAGGCUUUUGAAGUAGGUUCAAUUGUGGACGCGGAUUGUAAGGCCUUCGGCCCCCAGUACGUGGAAGCAGCGCGCAACGGCGGUCCCAAGAAAUUUAGAGGAGUGAUCGUCGCGACGCCGCCCAAUAGUGACCACUGGAACGUCGAGUACGACGACGACGGCGAGACCUUCGCGACGGAGUCAAAACAUUUGACGCUAGUAAGUGAACCGACGAAGAAGAAGGCGAAGCCGAACGAGGUCUGCGUCGUCUGCGGGCUACCGACAGUUGAUGAAGACGGCCGGCCCCAGGACGACGUUAUAUUGUGUGCGGAUGACGUUUCUCACGAGUGCCACCUCAAGUGCUCGGGCAUCACGGCAGGAAGCGCAAAUUCUAUGAAUUGGCGCUGCCCGCGGUGCGACAUCAAGAAGUGCCAGGAACUUUCUCUGCAAGAAAACGACCUCACGAGCCCCUGGGUCGGUUUGGAAGCUCACAGACUAGUGAGAGAAUUAGUAAAAGGUCUACAGAGAGAGUACAAGCAACUCCUGGUGUCGGGCCAGCGCAUCGACGAGAACACGCACGACGUUACCUUAUCACAUGCCGACGCGUGUGAGUUGUACGGCAAAGCCGUGUUCUGGGAGGGGGCCUCGGCCGACCUGACGGCGCGGGGUCGGCGACGCAGAGCAGAAACGACCUUGAACUUGACGUGGUCGCGGCGAUGGCGUCUUCGCGAGACCACGCCGCCUCGACGCCGUCGACGUGGCCGUCCGAGAGUCUACGGGUCUCGUGACGACGGCGUCGUUCCACGCAGGCGGCCUCCUCUACUCGCAGCUCGAGGUCGGCGAGGCGGAAGAUUGGCGGCGCAAGCCCCGGUCGAUAUCGCUAUUCCCGUCGGGGCGGGUCGUGAAGACGGUAGAAUAUUUGGAGGACCAGUUUAGAGGAAGGAUCCAGAAGGCCUGUUCAUCGUUCUAUCCCGAUCAGGCGCCACCUUUACCGAUUGACCAGGCGGCCAAUAUCUUAGUACAAAGAUGGUUGGAUACCUGUGAAGAGGCGACGCGGCAGGUCGAUGAUCGGAGGAAGCGCGUCACGGCGGAACUAGGAUCGUCGGUGCGCGAUGAUCAAGCGUGGGGCGUCCGGUUAGCUUAUUUGGCGGACACGGCCUCGGACCACGGCGCGGCUCUCAGAGGCGGCGCCGGCGUGUCGAAUGGUCGAGGCGACGUCUUGGCGACGCUGGAUGACGGCCCGUUCCGCGUCGCGGAGGUCUACUGCGCGAAGGACUCCGCCAUAAGGUUACCGAUUCGGGCGGACGUCUUGGAACGGUUGCUGAAGCGGUUUCGGCGGGCCCAGGACGCGGCCGACGAGGCCAUCGGCAAAGAGAAAGAACAGAAGAAGACCGUCACAGCGGUUCAGGAACCGCUGGUCCAGAAGGCCGGCCGCAUCCCCAAGAAGCGGAAGCGCACGCAGACCUCCGAAGAACAUACCGCAAGGCCGCCCCACUUCCUAUCUCAUGUGUAUUCGAUGCUCCUACGAUAUGACGAUCUCUCGGGAGAAGCGGGGCAGCACGGCGCGAUCCCGCCGCAAGUGUUUGACGUCCUCAGGAAGUGGGGCUGCGCGCACGAGUGCUGCGCGACGCCGUUCAACGCCACUCUGGACUCGUACGGUUCGCCGUUCCUGGACACGGACGGCGUCUUUGGAUCCGCGGGCAGCUUCUUCGCCUUCGAGCCCGUCUUUUGCCUGUGCGGAAAUCAACCAGUGAGUCGAUGGCGUCCUGAAAUAUGAUUUGCACACAGGACGAGGGCUGCUUCGAGAUCAACCCGCCCUUUACAUUAAGUGGCAACCACGUGAGCGACCACAUGGGCCGCAUCUUACAACGAGCGGAGGAUUCAAGGAAGCCCCUGACCUUCGUCAUGGUCCACGCGGCGCCGCACGCGCGCGUCGCGCGCGAGGCGGGGUUGCAGCGAUUCGUCCGCGAGGAAGUGAGGUUGGAGGGCGGGCGGCACUACUACCUCGAGGGCAACUUCUACCAGCGGGCGCAGCCGCGGGCCUACGUGCCGCCCUUUCCUUCUGUUGUAUUAUUCUUCUCAACCACCGAAGGGAGUAAACGGUGGCCCGUCACGCGGAGUUUGGUGGAUGAUAUUAAAAAGGCUUUCGCGUGGCCGCGUGUUAAGUCAAAACCGGCGCGGCCCUCGGCGAUGCUGCCGGUGCCGUCGCGGCCCUCCAUUAAACCGCCGGACGUGCCGUCGUGGCCGGCGCCUGCACCGGCGCCGGCGCCGCCGGCGCGGCCCGAUGCGGUGUGGCCCGCGGCCGAGCCGGCGAUCGACCCCGCCUCAACGACGCAUGAAAUGGCGCCGGGCGGGUGGCAGACGGUAAUGAUGUAAAAAGGAAUAUUAAC